AUGCAAACACCAUUAUCAUCUCAGUGUCUUACUGUUAAUUUGGAUCCGCCUUAUAAAAUAUCGACUGAACAACUUCAUGUUUUACCAACUAGUAAUAUUUCAAUAUCAUUUCGUUUUCUACGACCAGGAGAUCAAUCGGAAGUGAAGUCUCUCUGUUGUGAUUGGUUUCCUAUUGAAUAUCCUGAUCUAUGGUAUGAUGAUAUUGUACGCGAUACCAAAUAUUAUGCGCUAGCUGCAUGUGAAACACAUACACAACGAAUUAUUGGUGUGGUUGUUGCUGAUAUACUUGCACUAGGUAGUUGCAAUCGUGAAGAUCAACAAAUUUUACAUAAAUCAUUUUCAUUAACAACACCAGUUUGCUAUAUACUCAUAUUGGGUGUCGAAAAAGAAUAUCGACGGCAAGGUUUAGCAGGUAUUUUAUUGUAUCAUUUAUUAAAUACAUUAUAUGAACGUGGUACAUGCCAAGCUGUUUAUUUACAUGUUUUAUAUUCGAAUAAACAGGCGAUAAAAUUUUAUCAGUCAAAACAUUUUCAAUAUCGUGUACAUUUACCACAUUAUUAUUGUAUUAAAGGAGAAAAUUUAGAUGGUUAUUGUUUUGCUCUUUAUCUAAAUGGUGGAUAUCCACCAUUUUCACUAACGGAUUUCCUAUCUUCUUGGUGGGCCUAUAUGAUAGAAAGAAAUCCUUGCCGUCUAAUUCAAAUAGUACGACAUUUUGUUGCCAAUAAAUUUACAUUUAAAGAUGAUCAUCAACGUACAUCAUCAUAUAAACAAAUAUCACGUAUUAUUUGA